AUGGAAAAGAAUGUGAAGGACCAACAUCUACAAGAGAGGAAUGACAAAAAGGAGAAUCUGAUUAUUCUUGACAUUUCAGAAAAAGAAGUGUCUGAAGAUAUACAAGUAUUGGAACCUAAUGAGGAACUAACAACACAAAAGAAAAGAAUGUUAAAGACUACUGUUGAGGAGGAUGACACUGCUGAGGACUCAGAAGAGUCUGAAACUGAAUCUGAUUAUGAUGAGGACAAGGAGAGGAGUUUUAAUGUGCCACAAGUAAUUAUCCUAACAAAGGAGAUGACAUCUAAGAAUACCAAUAACCAUGUUCCAAAGAAGACACACACCAACAAGAACAAUCAAGUAAAAGCUAAGACCCCUAUGAAAAAGAGCCCUGAGAAAGAAAAUAAGCCAACUGCAGCUAUCAAGACAAAAGUUGUCAGGACAAAAGUUGUCAGUGAGGUCCCCAAGGCAGGAAAAGCUAAAGCAACACCCCAGGGAGAAGCUGAAAAUAAGAAAGAGGAACGUAAGAAGAAGAAGGGGGACAAAGUCAUAAGGAAGAGCAACAAACUCCGAGCCUAG